AAUCGCUCUCGCUCCUCCAUAGCCAACAAUUUCUCGCAGUCCCAUGCUCUGCUUAUGGAAGCCCUAGCCAGUGCAGCCGCGAGUGGACAAUUUCAACCUGCGGUCUCCAUUACGUUCAACCGGAGGAGCUUGAGAUCAAGCCGGAGCCCCAAUGGCGUUUCUAUGCGUCUCCGUCCUUUAAGAUGCUCAGCUCGUGCUUCUGCUUUAGUUGAUAAUGCAGACAAGUUUAUUGAAGCUUCAAAAACGGGAAAUCUUAUUCCUCUAUAUCGAUGUAUUUUUUCUGAUCACCUCACCCCUGUUCUUGCUUACCGGUGUUUGGUUAAGGAGGAUGAGCGAGAUGCUCCUAGUUUUCUGUUUGAGUCUGUUGAACCUGGACUUCAGGUUUCCAGCAUUGGGCGGUACAGUGUGGUGGGAGCUCAGCCAACAAUGGAAAUUGUGGCACAAGAGAACAUGGUUACAAUAAUGGACCAUGAGGAAGGAUGCAGAACUGAAGAAAUUGUGGAGGAUCCGAUGGUGAUUCCCAGAAGAAUCUUGGAUCAGUGGAAGCCUCAGCUCACUGAGGGGCUUCCCGAUGCAUUUUGUGGUGGUUGGGUUGGUUACUUUUCAUAUGAUACAGUGCGCUUUGUAGAAAAGAAGAAACCAUUCUUUACUGCCCCAGCAGAUGAUAGAAACCUUCCUGAUGUUCAUCUUGGUCUUUAUGAUAACGUGAUUGUGUUUGAUCAUGUUGAGAAGAAAGCUUAUGUGAUUCAUUGGGUGCAAUUAGAUCGCUAUUCUUCUGCUGAGGAAGCUCUCAAUGAUGGAAUGAACCGAUUGGAAACACUGGUGUCCAGGGUGCAUGAUAUAAUUACCCCACGGCUGCCGGCAGGUUCAAUAAAGUUAUACACUCAUCUUUUUGGUUCUAAGCUGGAGGCAUCAAACAUGACAAGUGAUGAAUACAAGAAGGCAGUGCUGCAAGCAAAAGAACACAUUCUAGCUGGUGAUAUUUUUCAGAUUGUACUAAGUCAGCGGUUUGAACGGCGGACUUUUGCAGACCCAUUUGAAGUCUACAGAGCACUGAGGAUUGUUAAUCCUAGUCCGUACAUGACUUAUCUACAGGCCAGAGGAUGUAUCCUUGUUGCUUCAAGUCCAGAAAUUCUUACACGGGUGAAGAAGGGGAAAAUUACCAAUCGCCCCCUUGCUGGGACUGUUAGAAGAGGCAAAACACCUAAAGAAGAUAUCAUGUUAGAGAAAGAUCUUUUGAAUGAUGAAAAGCAAUGUGCAGAACACAUAAUGCUUGUUGAUUUGGGAAGGAAUGAUGUUGGGAAGGUCUCCAAACCUGGUUCUGUUAGGGUUGAAAAGCUCAUGAAUAUUGAACGCUAUUCCCAUGUUAUGCACAUCAGUUCAACUGUCACCGGGGAGUUACUUGAUCAUUUAACAAGCUGGGAUGCACUGCGUGCUGCAUUGCCUGUUGGAACAGUUAGUGGAGCACCGAAGGUGAAAGCCAUGGAAUUGAUUGAUCAGUUGGAAGUGGCAAGACGAGGACCAUAUAGUGGUGGAUUUGGAGGCAUAUCUUUCUCUGGCUCUAUGGACAUUGCCCUUGCUCUGAGGACCAUCGUUUUCCCUACCAAUACUCGUUUUGAUACGAUGUUCUCGUACAAGGAUUUGAACAAACGUAAGGAGUGGAUUGCUCAUCUGCAGGCCGGAGCAGGAAUUGUGGCUGACAGUGAUCCAGCCGAUGAGCAAAGAGAGUGUGAGAACAAAGCUGCAGCUCUUGCCCGCGCGAUUGAUCUUGCUGAGUCUUCCUUUGUUGAGAAAUGAAUUGGAUGAAUCCAUGGGUAAAAACCUCAUUGCUGAAUCGUAAACUAAAAUAAAGACGUCGAGUCUUGUUUGAAAUUAAUCUGAAGAAACUACGUAAUUGCCUCAGCAAAUGAGGGGUUUGUUAACCAUUUGUAGUUGAUUUUAAUGGGAAUUUAAUGUUUCUAUUUUUCUCAGGAUAUUGGGCGUAUUUUGUUGCAUUUUAAACGUUUUGUUAACCA